AUGGCGAACAAUGAGAAAUGUUGUUCCACUCAACUUAUUGAUGGAGAUGGUGCCUUCAAUGUUGCCGGGAUUGAAAACUUCAUGAAAGAGGUUAAAUUAAGUGAGUGUGGGCUUUCCUAUGCCGUGGUUUCUAUUAUGGGUCCACAAAGUAGUGGCAAGAGCACGCUCUUAAAUAGUUUGUUUUGUACUAACUUCACAGAGAUGGAUGCAUUUAAGGGAAGGUCUCAAACAACCAGAGGAAUUUGGAUGGCUAGAUGUGUUGGGAUAGAGCCUUGUACACUUGUGAUGGAUUUGGAGGGUACUGAUGGAAGAGAACGUGGAGAGGAUGAUACUACAUUUGAAAAGCAGAGUGCUUUAUUUGCUUUGGCUAUUUCUGAUAUAGUGCUAAUAAACAUGUGGUGUCAUGACAUUGGUCGCGAACAAGCUGCAAAUAAGCCGCUUUUAAAAACUGUGUUUCAGGUCAUGAUGAGAUUGUUUAGUCCACGCAAAACAACAAUGUUGUUUGUCAUACGUGAUAAGACAAAGACACCACUUGAAAAUUUAGAACCUGUUUUGAGAGAAGAUAUUCAGAAGAUAUGGGAUUCUGUUCCUAAACCAGAUGCUCACAAAGAAACCCCAUUAAGUGAAUUUUUCAUUGUUGAAGUUGUUGCUCUUUCUAGUUUCGAAGAAAAGGAAGAACAAUUUAAGGAGCAGGUUGCCAACUUGAGGCAACGAUUCUAUCAUUCUAUUGCUCCAGGUGGGCUUGCAGGGGAUCGGCGUGGAGUAGUUCCUGCUUCAGGCUUUUCUUUUAGUGCUCAAGAAAUCUGGAAAAUCAUUAAAGAGAACAAGGAUCUCGACCUUCCUGCACACAAGGUAAUGGUAGCUACUGUACGAUGUGAAGAAAUUGCUAACGAGAAAUAUGACCUUUUUGCUACAAAUAAGGAUUGGUGUGAGUUGGAAGAGGCUGUGCAAUCUGGCCCUAUUUCUGAAUUUGGGAAAAAGCUCAAUUCACUCCUUAUUGCUUGUCUUUCUGAGUAUGAUGCUGAAGCCAACUAUUUUGACGAAGGUGUGAGAUCUGCAAAACAAAAGCAACUUCAAGAAAAACUGUUUCAACUUGUCCAACCAACAUUCCAAAUUGUGCUGGGACAUAUGAGGUCCGGAAUUUUGGAUAAGUUUAAGGAAGCAUUUGACAAGGCAUUGAAUGGAGGGGAAGGGUUUUCUUCUGCUGCCAAUAAGUGCAUAGAGAUUUAUAUGGCUCAGUUUGACGAAGGAUGUGCAGAUGUUGUUAUUGAAAUAGCAAACUGGGAUACAUCUAAAGUAAGGGAGAAGCUACAGCGUGAUAUUGAUGCACAUGUUGCAUCUGUACGAGCUUCUAAGAUGUCAGAACUUGUUUCAUCAUAUGAGGAAAAACUGAAAGAGGCCUUGUCUGCACCUGUUGAAACUCUAUUGGAUGCAGCUAAUAGUGAUACUUGGCCAUCAAUAAGGAAACUUCUUAAUCAUGAGACUCAAUCAGCUGUUUCUGGGUUCUGUGUUGAACUUAUCAGAUUUGAUGUGGAUGAACAAACAAAAAAGAGCAUGAUUGUGAGUUUAGAUGAUUAUGCAAAGGGUGUGAUAGAAGCCAAGGCUAGGGAAGAAGCUGGCAGAGUUCUAAUCCGUAUGAAGGACAGGUUUUUGACAUUGUUUAGUCAUGAUUCUGAUUCAAUGCCUCGUAUUUGGACGGGAAAAGAAGAUGUUCGAGCAAUCACCAAGUCUGCCCGCUCUUCGUGCUUAAAGUUGCUGUCUGUAAUGGCUGUAAUUCGCUUGGAAGAUGGUGAUGACAUUUAUGAUAUUGAGAAAACAUUAAUAGUUGCAUUAGCAGAUUCAUCAAGCAGUUCUGCUAAAGAUAAGAGCAUGACGGCAGUUAAGCCACUAGCUUCAAGCACUUGGGAUCAGGUACCGCCCUCUAAAACAUUGAUCACACCCGUCCAGUGUAAAUCCUUGUGGAGGCAAUUCAAGAUGGAGACAGAAUAUUGUGUCUCUCAGGCCAUUUCUGCACAGGAAGCCAACAAUCGUAGCAGCAACUGGUUACCUCCUCCAUGGGCGAUUGUGGCUUUGAUUAUUCUUGGAUUUAAUGAAUUUAUGACACUUUUAAGAAAUCCCUUGUAUUUAGGUGUCAUCUUCGUUGGCUAUCUUCUCAUUAAAGCCCUAUGGGCGCAGCUUGACAUUACGGGUGAAUUUCGCAAUGGAGCUCUUCCAGGAAUCAUCUCCUUGUCUAGCAAGUUUGUUCCAACUAUCAUGAACCUUAUCAGAAAACUAGCAGAGGAGGGACAGGGCCAUGCAAAUAACGAUCCUAGGAGAAGUCCAUCAAAAAACAAUCAAAGUGCUAUUCCUGCUGGUAGAGUUACCUCAUCUAGUGCUUCAUCUAGUGUAACUUCACCGGGCAAUGGAGCCGAGUAUACGAGUUCAUCAAAACAUGAGUAGGUAAAGGUAGUCAUAUAUAUCUUACUUAAAAGCAAACUAUUCUGUUAGAAGAUGGUGGUUUCUGCAGGGUUUUUGCUAAUCCACGAAGUUUUUUACUCGUGAUCAUUUUUUAAGACAUUCAAAGGUAUUAAUUUUUAUGCGAGUGCUGCACACGAGGGCUGCGUUUUGUUUAGAGAUAUCUCGGUUCGAGUUGGGUUCUUUAGUUAAUUGGAGAACUUAGGUUAUUCUACAUGAUUUUGUGUGUAAGAGUUGAAUGUGUUCUGAAAGUUUAAAUGUUGGAGUCGUGUGUUUAUAUUAGAUUCUUAAGAUUUUGACUGAUGCAACUGCGUGUAAGAUCAUGUUUGCUACUUGUAAUGCUAACAAGGUUGAAAGUAAAGAUAGACUGCUUGCUUCAA